GACAUGCUCAUAGUUUCUUGUUUACCUCAUUGCUGCAUUUGUUAUCUUAUAACAUGACUAUCCCGUUGAAGUUGGGCUUCAUAGGAUCUGGAAAGAUGGCCGAAGCUAUUAUACGCGGUAUUUUAAGUAAAAAGUUGCUUGAGCCGUCUUCUAUCUAUUGCGUAGACACCAAUACGAAAAGAUUAAAAAUUAUGGAGGACUUAAAAGUUAAUACACAUAAAAGGCCCACUGAUUUAAAAGAGCCGGGUGUAGUCAUUUUGGCUAUUAAACCCGAUAUCGUCCUAGAAGUUCUUAAGCAGACCUCAGAAACUUUACAGGGUAAACUUCUUGUCUCUAUUUGUGCAGGAAUAUCCCUUUCUGCGUUAGAAAAGAGUGCUUGUACGACCGCGAGAUUUAUUAGGGUAAUGCCGAAUACUCCCUGCCUUGUAGGUGAAUCUGCCAGUUGUUACUCGCCGGGGGAAAAUACCACCGGAGAUGAUUGUGAGGUCGUAGAAAAAAUAUUUGGGGCCGUUGGAAUAAUACUAAAGGUCCCCGAAAGCAAAAUGGAUGGGGUGACCGGCCUCAGUGGCUCUGGCCCUGCUUAUGUUUAUAUGUUUAUCGAGGCCUUAGCCGAUGCUGGAGUUCGCGAGGGACUUCCUAGGGAACUCGCACUGAAAUUGGCAGCGCAGACUGUCUAUGGCGCCUCCAAGAUGGUCCUCUGCGGGGACACUCACCCUGCAGCCCUCAGAAAUGACGUGGAGAGCCCCGGAGGAACGACGAUAGAGGCCACAACCACCCUGGAAAAAUGCGGCUUCCGCUCAGCUGUGAUUAGCGCCGUGCGGGCCGCCACGCAAAGAGUCAAGUCUUUAACAAAAUAAUAAAGCCAUCACAAUGUAAAAAAGUUUUUUCUAAUUUAAUUUUUUUUUAU